UCUUAUAUGAGAAAAUAAAUUUGGCACAGUUCAUUGAGUACAAAUCGAACUUUUAUGAAGUUAUAAAAAAAUGGACCAAUACGAAGCAGAUAUCCUUCGAUUGAAUCGAAAAAUUAGACACCUAAUUGCUCAGAAUGACACUUUGGAAACCCGUAACAGAGAGGUGUCGGUUCUCAAUCGAGCCCUGCUGGAGGAAAACGAAGAACUCAAGCGAACCCACGGCAGCACGUCACAGCUUGCCGGCCGGUGCCAGGUGGAACUUGAGAAGAUGACCGAGCAACGAGACCAGCUGUACGCGGCCAACCAGAAACACAAAGAACGCUACCGGGCGCUGCUGGAAAGGCACACCCAGCAGGGUGAGAAAGUGAAGACCUUGGAGCACAGCCUGCAGUCGGCCACGGCCACCAGGAGGAUCGCGCACGUGCCGGUGGAAAUCAUCGGAAAAGUGUCCGAUAUUGGCAAGGUCAAUGCACUGCAGGACCGGUGCCAAAAGCUGGAGAAGGACCUGGCUACCGCCUACGCUCGAAUUGAUGAUUUGGAAUUUGAGAUUGAAAGUAUCGACUUCCUGGAAGAGGAAAACGACCGCUUGCAGCAGGAAGUCCGCCGAUUGCAAUCUGCUAGUGGUGACCCUAAGACAACCACACCCGCAGCAGAGCCGCCAAGAAGCCCCACCAGAAGCUUCAGCACCAACAGCUUCUCGUCCACCUCUUCAUCGACCUCUUCUGUGGACCAGGUGCCAACAUCAGAAGCUGCGACCGCGGAGGUAACGACAAAGAUUCCAAACACUUUUAUCCAUUUACAAAGUGAUAUUCAGGACAAAGAUUCAGAGAAUCAAAAUGCAUCAAAAACUUCGACAAAACUAUGAAUAAACGCCUAGUCAACUGUCUCGAAAUAAAUGAUAACAACUGAAUUAUUAUUAUCCUAAAACGCAUUGGGCCGUUGCAAAUAUUUUUUGAAGUUUAUGUCCCUCGACUCUGAUCAAAGUCGAGGGGGGGGGGCUAAAAAUAAAAAGCUAAAAAUAGAAAUUACUGGCCACGGUGUCAACACUUGAAUGAAAAAGUGUUUUAAAAUGCAUCAUACACCUGUCCAGUCGUUUUGCAAUCAUUGAUUUCCAAAAUUUCUAAAUACUGACGAAAAUUUUAUUUUUGCGAGAAAAAAAGUUUUUGCGGUGCUGACCAUUGUAAUUUCAUAAAAGUUCAAAAUAUUUUCAAACGAGUCCAAACAUGUAAAAUAUGAUUAUGAAUGCAGAAAAAGGCAUUUAGGUUGUUCUCAGUAAAUUAGACUUCUAUUUCCAUUGAAAUUUUGAUAUUUUUUUGAAAAAAAUUUUUUUUCUCCUGAAUUUUCAGACUAAUUUUGAAGGGGGGGGCGACAUAAACUUUGAAAAAUAUUUGCAAACUUUACAAUCGUUAAUCUACCAAAUGUUCUUGAAUCAACGUGGAAUUAUUCCCACUUGCAGUUGCUCCGACAGCAUUGAAUAAAAGAAGUUCACGACUUCAUGCUCAAUUUUCUCUUUAAUCGUAAGCAACAAAAAAAUAAACAGCCCGCUGGCAGUUAAUUUUGCUGCGUAGUUCACGAACGGUUAAAAGCAAUCAUCUUACUGAUUUGUUUGCAGAGUUAUAAGUAAUCGAAUAGUUACUGAAGGUUAUAGAAUGUAUGGCCCAUUAAGUGAUUAAGGUUUGAAAAU